AUGGUCAACAUGGAGCUCGACAAAAAUGCUAUUUACACCUUCCUGGACCAGCAUCGCCAUGCAAAACACCUAGACCCCAGCCCAACCGCCUACGGGGGGGGCCCUGAUAGCGGUCAAGGACAGAAGGUCUUAAGUGAGAACGACCAGCUGCUCGAAUUCUUCGACCUUGCUUCCUUCAGGCGGGAUUACGAGUACGACCCAGACCCUUCCCCCAUCAUGGCUGAUGGUACUACACUGUCCGUGCCGGACUCUGGAAGCACGGAGACGUCCUCUGUCCGCACCCCCAUGACCUUGCAGUCCAGCCCGGGAUCUCCUUUGACAGACCAUGACACCAUCAUCUCGGAAGAGUAUGAGAACGAACCCGCCGGCAUCAACGACUUCACUAGCCCUCACGACCCAUUCCUCUUCCCCCGCCUCGACCAGAAACCAAAUCCGCCCAGAAAGCAGAACCUCUGGGUCCCCAAGAAGAGGUCUCGCUCCAACAGCCCCAACGGGCACAAGCGGGUCGUCAAGGACCCCAUAAGGACAAACCAGGUCAGGUCCGUCGGAUCUUGCACAAGAUGUCGGAUCCAGAAGGUCACAUGCACACCGGACGGUACAUGCGACAAGUGCAUCAAGGCUUUUCCCAUGGACCACGCCUCGAGUUCCUGCAUUCGCAGAGAUUUUGCCGGUGUCGCCUUGGACUUGUCCUCUGCCCGUUUUGCUGGACUGAACAGAGAGAAUGAGCUGAGAGCGAAACACUCCCUCACGCUCUCACAGCCACGGUUCGUUGGGAACAUCCACAGAGGCCAUGUGAUGUUCAAACGCGGUCAUCACAGUGUCAAGCUUUCCAUUGCGCUGCGGAACUACUGCUGCAUGGCGGAGAACGCGCAACAGGUCCUCCACCAGGGUUGCGUCUUUGCCAGAGAAUGCAGCGGGGUUCCAUCGUAUGAUGAGCUGAUCAGAUGGGGCGAGGGCAUUGCGUUCCCCGAAGACAAAGACACCUUCGAAGGCCUUAUCGAGCAGUUCAUCAAGGAUUACUCCGCUCCCUGUCGCUCCGGGGGCUCCCCCAAGCGACCCCAGGUAUGGGAUUCAUCCGGCGCUCGCACGAUCUCGCGCUAA